UUUUUCUUAUUCUUUCCACUGCAUUCUAUUAAGAACCAGGAGAGCACUAUUACUAUUUUUAUUUAUAUUUUUUAUCAUUUGCUUCGGCUUAUUUUUACUUCUAUCCCUGUAAAAGACAGGGAACACAGGGCAAAGAAAGAAAAUUGAUUUGAAAAAAUCAAAAGCCGGAGAAAGGAGGGAAACGUAGUCACCACUAUUAUCUACUCGAUUCGGAAUCCUAAUCUUCGUCCCUUCUCAGAUUCAAUCAGAUUCAUUCAGAGUCUUUGAAAAUCAUUCAGAGGUUACCAAACAGCCCCAAAGAUAGAUAGGCGACCUAUGGUUGACUUGUAAUUGUAUUGGUAAAAAUGGCUACGGUUGCAAUGAGUGGUGGUUCUUUAAAGGCCACCAAUACGAUCAAAAGAAAGACGCCUUCAGAGUUGAGAGAUGAACAGUUGAAGCGCAAGAAACUUGUUGAGCUUAUGGAUGAAUCUCCAGCACCAGAGCCUGGUUUCAUUUUAAAUGCUAAUGGAUUGACAUCUGAGACUAUGAAAGCUUCAAAGAAUCCCAGAUACAUUGACACCCGUGUGGAUGAACUGUUUCCCAGUAGGAAAAACAGUCUAAGGCUUAAAAUGCAAUCUGUAAAGGAACAUGUUAAGGAAAAUAUCACUACUGAUCAUACUAAUUUCAGCCAAUCGGAGUUUUCAGGUCGAAAAGAUACAAAUGUAUCAACUUCAACUACAAGCACCAAAAAUUUCAAAUCUACACAUUCUCACAUCACCACUAGAAAAUGUAGCAAGAUAAGUAUGUUUUUUAGUGUUAUGGAGCUGUCAUCGGUGGGUGCCAAGUCAUCGGGUGUUUCACUUGAUAUGGAUGAAGCCUUCAAAGGGCUUGCAGCUCGUGACCUUCCUAUUGUCUCUCCUUCACACACAAAAUCCAUUGAUGGAAAUGUAAAUUUUUGCUCAGAAUUUCAUAUUUGUGAACACAAAGUUCCACUGGAUUUCACAUUGAAAACUAGUAUGCGUGUAAUUGCUUCAUCUUCUGUAAAUUGGUUUCAUAGGUUGAUGAGCUGUGGCACGUUCCAUGGUCUCGGGCAGUCCAAUUCUCAAAUUGGAUACCAGAAAACAAACUGCCCGACUGCCCAAAUUUCCAAUAUGAAACCUUUAUAUUCAUGGGUGUAUCCACAAUGCUCUCUACCUCCUUCAGUUAUAUCAGCUUUGGCUUUACUCUCAAAAGGGGAAGGUCAAAUGGAUGUUUUGACCAAACGUCAGUUGGCAUGGGAGGCCUCAUUUCGAAGCCUUUAUGUCAUGUUGCGUAACAACAUUUGUAAUUUAUUCUAUGUCUGCACUGGACAGUUUGUGGCAAUGUUUACUAAUCUAAAUGGUGCAUGCAAUGCUUAUGUAUCCCAAUCAACACAAAGCUUGAGGUCACUUCUAAAAGAACAAGAGAUCUUUUUCACUAUGCCUCUUUUCAAUUCUAAAGUGGAGCAAGCGACUACAGAAGAGCUUUUUGAGCUUUCAGAAAUUGAAAAGCACAAUCUUGGAAAGACUAGGCACAAACAUUCUCUAUUUGAUGUGGAUAAUAGUCCCGAAUCAUUGCUAAUGUUCAGUGACAAGAAAAAUGUGCAUGGGCUAUAUGACUUUCUGCUUAACUAUAGGUUUAUUUUACCAUCUUUGAAUAGUUUGGAUGUUCCUUUACUUUAUUCAGCUGUGCCAUUUGAAAAUGCUGCUGUUUCUGCACCCGAGGUUAAAUGCAAGGAGGUAAGGAGAAUGGAUCAUAUGUCUGAUCAAACUAUAUGUGAAGGAUCAGCUUCUGAUUCCUAUUACAGUAUUGAAAUAAAGGAUGCACAUCUUCCUCCAUGGAUAAUUAGCAGUGUAUGUGAUGCAAUUAAGUUGAAUGGAGAUGAUAGUUUUGAAGCAAGUUUUGUGAUUGAGCCAAUGUCGAUUGGGUUGAAUGUUGGUCUUGAAGGUGUGCAUGAUGAGAGUUGUACAUAUGGUAUUGGGAACACAGUUGUUUCUCAUCAAUUGAGCCGUCGGUUUUUGAAAGGCUUAAAGUAUUCAGACAAAUCUUAUGUGUUGUCUUUGUUGCCUGUUUGAAGCUAUUUUGUCCUGAAAGUGUUGCAUUUGAAUUUAAAUUAUGUAC